AUGCAAAAUCUCUUCCAGAACAUCACUGACUUUUUGGUAGUUUUCACUUUGUCUCAUACCCUUUGAUUUUUUCUGGCACCUUGCUGUGCUGCUUCCUUGCGUAUCAUUCAUAUCAGCAAUGUUUCGAACGGCACUUCUGAACUAUCCACUGAAAGCCAUCAGAUGGUUCAGAGAAGAUAUAUACAAGAACAGCCCCGAAUUGCGCACAGAAGCCGAGACUGCCAUCAAGAAAUUCUACGACAAUAACAAAGAAAACAUGGAAAGACGAGGAGUCACAGAAGCAAUUGUGAAGGGUGCGAAGCAUAAUGAUCCGAGAAAUCCUGAUCCCAAAGGCGAACACUGGACAGUUGAACUGAUCAAAGAAGAUGGUGAAUUUGUUACCAAAAGACACGUCUACCCUACCGAGGAAAAGUGACACUGUCUUUGACAUAUAUUGAUCGGGGAUAUCUUCGACUCUACAGCACAGGUGGAUCUAUCAUAAGCAUCGAGAUUGGUUUUCCAAGUCGUUAGAAAGUGAUGCAGCGAGCAGCGCCCAGUCAAAUAGCUGCAUCUCAUUUUUGUCCAAGAGAGUAUUAUGUAUGCAGUGUGAAUAUAUGUCAUCAACUUUAAAUCUGUUGCGGCCG